GCGACUCAGGGACUAGGGAUUAGAGGGUUUAUCCUUCCGGCUUCUUCCCUGGCGGUUGUAUAUUUCCAUCAUUGCGACGAUAGGCCUGAUAACACGUCGUCUAGUUGGUCUUUUAUCUUCUAAUGGAGAUUUUACAAUAGUUAACGGCGUCAGGCCGUCGCCGGCUUUUGGGUUGACGUCCACCUCCCUUGCCUCAAACAGAUUUGAAAUAUAGCAUAAUCCAUAACCAGAUCUACAACUCUGCUCUGCGUAUUGUAAUGGGGUCAGUCCCCUGUUGGCUUUCGCGUCUCUGUCAAUUUCUGGCCAGGUAAGUAGCUUUCUAACUAUACUUGACUCGCGGGACCCAGCCGCGUAAGAUAAGGGCGUAUUGAGCAACCCAUUAGCAACCAACGAUCAAAUCAGGACCGCAAAAGAAAGAUGCGCUUAUUCGAAUCCUCGAACUUCUCGAGGAAUCGAAUAAGCUCUCUCAAAAGUUCCGACCGUCAUGCGACCAGACCGGAGAUCGCUCGGGACGAGACGAAGGAAAAGAGAAGAAUGAACAUUCUUUAAGCAGAAGAAUCCGGGAGGUGGUUGUGCGGCGUAGACGAAAUGGAGCUAGCCCGAUGAAGACCACGCGCUGGGUGCUGUACAGCAGAGAACAUGCGAUGCAACUUAUUAGCGAUAUCACAUCUUUGAUCGAUUUGCCGCAGCACAUCUAUCCAAUGCCUGAUAAGGAGCAAGAACUGGCUAGAGAAGAAGUAAGACAGCUUACUUUAGCCGUUACCGAUCAAGAGUCUACGAUACGACACUUGCAACAACUUGUGCAAGGCAUCGACAAUGACAUGAAGAAGGCUAUUGAGUCUGUCAAAACGCAGGGCCACCAGUACGAAAACGUAUCCGUGGAAGAGAAUGCGCGCGUUCAGAAUGGACACACCUUUACUCGGGCUUGGGAGGGGACAUCUUCUCUACCGGUAGGACCGAGCAUGACUUUUACUCAUAUGAGAGCAUCGGGAUUCUCAAGGGUUCGUAACGGAGAUGUAUAUCUAGAGAAGGACGACUUCUGGUCGUAGGUAUGAACGAUACGGCGAUAAAUGACUUGCUCUAUCGAUGUGGAAGAGUAAGGAGGGGAGUGAAAGUCCGACGAAUAGGAUGAUGAUGUAUUUUGAAAGAAUGCAAACGUCUUGUUCAAUCGCCGAUCUUAAAUACCUAUACAUAGGUAGGUACCUAGGUACCCGACAGUAGGACUCGGACCUUCUUCGUAUGAAUUGCAAGUGCCUUCUUAUGUAUAGCACCUCGGAAGCUGCUGUGUCACGCCGACUUACUGAAGAAGUUGCUCAUUCAACUGAAUGCCAGGUGUAGAUGUGCUG